AUGGAUGUCUUUCGCGCCUAUACCUACUCGACUGCUGCAUGGCUAGCCCUUCAGAGUUUACCCUUGAUUGCUGGGCCGAGCAUGAUAGUGACUAUGCUGCUGGAUGAGACUCGGCCUGCCACCCCCAUUGAAAUUUACUUUGCCCGUUGUUUUGGAUUCGGUCUUGUCACAAUCGCCGUUCUGACUGUGAUGCUCACGGGCUCUAUCCCUCUGACGGCCGAAAUUAAAGGACCUGUAACGACGGAGGAGGACGAUCCUAAGGCGCCAUACGCUGUACCAACCCUGAUAGUAACCUCGAUCUUCCAUAGCGCAUGUGCAUUCUACGCGUACACCUGGUAUGUUUCCGGUGGACAGGGCUUCUUUGCGGUUGGCGUUGCUGGGUAUUCCAGUAUCGCGGCCGUUGGACUUUGGUGCAUGCUCUUUGCGAGCAGCAAUGGCAAGAUUAGCCGCCGUACAGGUGCAGACAAGAGGAUGACAGGGUUUCCCUUUAAGAAUUCCGAAGCUGCGAAGAAACAUGGCAAGGGACUGCACCUCAUAAUGAUCCGAGCUCCCAAAGUUAACCCCACAACGCCGCUUCAACCGGCUUUCUUUUCCCUCAAAAGCAGCAUGCCUCUCCACAACUCAAUGUGGUAUCGAUUCAAGAUGGACUCAGAGCUGCGACUCUCAUCACCACGCUUGGCAUCGUCUAUGCCGGCGGGCGAUCAGUCCAGUCUCUCCCAAUUAGGCCAAUUCGAUCCUGAAUCACAGCCCUUUGGAGUCUUCCGUCCCUCGACCGAACCCGAAUCACAGCCUCUCCAAAACGCGACGCACGCCCCGCACGCCUAUAUCCGCCCCCCACGGCAAGGCGAGGCGAAUAAUUUCCUAGCUGCUUCUUCAUCUACGCAUCAAUCGCAAGGUCCUUCUGGAAACGGAGAUGCCUCGCACUUGGAUCUACAAGGGCGAUCGUCUAGUCGUGGUGGUUUACCUCAUUUGCAGGAGUUCAACAAUGGCGCUGCUCAUGCAGCGAACAUGAGAGGGGCAUUGCAUGGGACCAGCCAGGCGGUACCUUCAGCGUCAUUGUCGCAAACAGAGCUCGCGAUGGUGAGCAACGCGCAUCAAGCUCAGAACAAUGGCUUGGCAACACUGCAGUCCCCAAGCCAACCGUUUCAACCGGACUUCAUCGAGCUAGAACCGGAAUCCGUGGAUCCGGCGACUUUCAAUGGCCCUGGAGAGCUGCAAGGCUUUAAAAUGGUCCCGAACCCUCCCCAUCUAGAGUACUGGAGAGAUAGGUUGUUCAAUGUCGAUGAAAUGAUCACGUUGAGCGAAGAGGAAUUCCAAACCUACUUCCCCCAUGUUGACAAUGUGUACUCUCAUCGCUCAACCCAGCGGUACAAGCGUAAACCCUUUGUUUCGCAUUACUGGGACUGUCGACUCAAAGGUCGACCCCCGGGAACCCCCAAAUCCGACGAUCCAGAAAAGAAGAAGCGCAAGCGUACGGCCAGAGAACGGGAUCUCUGCCAUGUCAAGAUUAAAGUCGUGGAAUAUUUCCCAAAAUCUGAAAUAUCUAACAUGGCCCAUUCAGUCGAACCCUUACCGUCUAAUGUCUUACCUGGCAUGUAUACUUUCUCUCUGAAUAACGAAACCUCAAUUACUAGCGCCCAAGCAUUUAAUAUGCUCACGCCGAGCCCUAGUCUACCCCCAAAUCAUCCGGGAGCGAAUGGUGGGAGGUAUUUCACUAUACAGCGAGUCAAUGGCAAUGGUGCCAAUGGAAAGAACGACGGUGUGAGUGGCGGUCAUCAACAUACGCUUGAAGAAAGCGACCGCGUCAAGAAGAGUAGUGUCCAAAGACAUGUUCUCAAGGAGAAGAAAGACAAAAGGACGAAAGUGGACCGAGUCAUGUCUCGACCGGGUCAAAAGUCAUACCACACAAAAGCGACGGGGUUGGCCGCUGAAACCGUGAUCAAACACUCCCCCGAUGUGAAUCUGAAGCUAUAUGGAAGCUGCUUCUGCCCUUUCGUGCAGCGAGUCUGGAUUGCGUUGGAGCUGAAGGGUAUCCCGUAUCAAUACAUCGAAGUGGAUCCAUACGAGAAGCCCGCGUCACUUUUAGAAGUGAAUCCAAGAGGGCUUGUUCCUGCUUUGCGACAUGACGACUGGGGAUGCUAUGAAAGCAAUGUGUUGUUGGAAUAUCUUGAAGAUCUAGGUGUAGGUGCUGCACUGCUUCCGGCAGAUGCAAAGCUGCGCGCCCAUUGCCGGCUGUGGGCAGACCAUGUCAAUCGGCAUAUUGUGCCUAGUUUCUACCGUGUACUACAAGAGCAGGAUCAACAGAAACAAAUCGAGAAGACGCAGGAGUUGCGAGACUCGAUGGAGAAGCUCUUAGAAGUGGCACAUCCCAAAGGGCCAUUCUUCAUGGGCCCGCAGAUGUCCCUUGUAGAUGUUCAAGCUGCUCCGUGGAUUCUUCGACUGCGCCGGGUUCUGAAACCAUAUCGGGGUUGGCCAGAUGCCGAGGAGGGAAGCAGGCUGGCCUCUUGGGUGAAUGCAAUCGAGACCGACCGGAAUAUUCAGGCGACAACUAGCACGAAUGAACUGUACCUCGACAGCUACGAGCGAUAUGCCCAAAACCGCCCGAACACAUCCCAGGUCGCAAACGCAAUUAACGCAGGUCGAGGCCUUCCUUAG